UUUUCAUGUCACCAAGGUGUGGAAAUACUAGUUUAUACUCAUGCUUGGGUGGCUUCACCCUGAAUCUAGAGAUCGCAGCUUUGCAAGGAGUCAUCAACGGUUCCCCUUUACUGCAGAGAUUAUUCAUCAGGAAGAUGGCUUUAUGCCACAGAUCCUUCAGGAGGUUCUUAUUUCCUGAGCUUCCUGAAGAGGGCAGCACAAUUCCUCUCUCCGCCCCUCUGCCGACCGAAAGGAAAUCCUUCUGCACUGGGAAGUCAGAUUCCAGAUCUGAAUCACCAGAGCCAGGCUAUGUGGUAACAGGUUCCGGGUUACUGCUUCCCGUGCUCCUACCUCGGCUCUACCCACCACUGUUCAUGCUGUAUGCCCUGGACAAUGAUCGUGAGGAGGACGUUUACUGGGAAUGUGUUCUCCGGCUAAAUAAGCAGGCAGACCUUGCUCUUUUGGGCUUCCUUGGGGUGCAGAGGAAAUUUUGGCCAGUGACCUUGUCAGUCCUUGGAGAGAGUAAAAAGGUUUUGCCAACCACGAAAGAUGCUUGUUUUGCCUCAGCUGUGGAAUGUCUGCAGCAGAUCAGCACAACGUUUACCCCAUCAGACAAACUGAAAGUCAUCCAGCAGACUUUUGAAGAGAUCUCUCAGAGU